UAUCAACUAUAAAAAAACGCCCUUCUGCACCUCUCCCUCUUUUCUUUUUUCCUCUUUCUUAUCAAAUGUAUUCUCAUAACUUACAUCACGUCAAGGGAUCAAGGUCUUUAGACGCUGGUCAUGCUAAUGGAAUAGACCCUCAUGGUAAAGUCACAAACAAACCUUCGAUAAAGGACAUGCAUGCCUACCAACAUGCGCAUAGUCAUAGCAACAGUUCUGUGACCUCAUCCCACAAAAGGACGCCUUCCAUCCCUACCCUGAGUGAAAAGGACAUGUCUCCACCACCACAACAACACCAUGCCAAAACGAAUUUAGCAGGCACACCCAUCUUUUUGGAUACCAAAAAACCCGGUAACAAAUUUUCACGUAGCUUGUUCUCUCAUUACCCAAACACAGGAGGAGGUAUUCCUGAACCUGGCCGAAGUAAAAAUUGGCCUUACCUAGGUUACAUGAUGAACGGAUUCAAGAAUUUGGUAUUGACAUUUUAUUUUAAUUGGACCAUGAUUUUAACGGCUCCCUUGAGCUCGUUGGCGUUUAUCGUGGUGUACCCAACGACCGUGACUUUCCUUGUGUUGUUUGAGAUUGGACUCAAGGUGUUUUUGGAGAAAUGGGGUGGGGCUCAAGUUGCACGUUAUAUCAGUCUUAAAUUCGGGCAAGGGUUUGGUGCUAUCAACUGGGGUGCACCAGAACUACUCUUAUCCGAUACAUCUGCUCAUCUUGUUCAAUCCACGUUACCCACGUUGGGUUUACCCUCUAUUCCGAUCACCGUAUCAGGUUGUCGUCGUCGUACAUUUGAUCUUUCCAUUGCUCAAACAUUUGUUCUGUUAUCUUCCUUAAUCUAUGAACGUGAUUCUACCAAAGUCAAGGAAGCCUAUGACUUGUACGCUACCACACGCAAGGACACCGAUACCUCACCCGCUGCUUUUGCUCAGGUUGAAAGUAAAAUGAAGGAGCUUCUUUGGGAGUCUGAGGCACGUAUUCGACUCAUUGCCGAGAGUUGGGGGCUUCAUUUUGCGGGUGUUUCAGAGCUUAAAUCUCUGGGUGGACCCUUCUGUGGCAUCUUUUGGUCAGAAACUGUGCCUUUUAUUGUCGUCGCAUUUAAGGGAACGACACCUACCAAUUACGAAGAAUUCUUGGUGGAUGCUACUUUCCAACGCACGGAUGCACGUUCGUUUUUGUUUGGUUGUGUCCAUGAAGGUUUUUAUGAAUCACUUUUCAGUACACAAGGGUUUGGAAAGGAAGAUAUUCGUGAUCCUUAUGGUGCUAUCUUGGCCGCUGUGCAAUCCAAAGCAGCCCAAUUACAGGAACAAUUAAACACAACGGAACCCAUUCAGUUAUGGAUCACGGGUCAUUCUUUGGGUGCCGCUUUAAGCUCUCUCUUGUUUUCCCGGUGGUUGAAAUGUCCUGCCGAUCUCUCACGUCGUUUGGUUUUACGUGAUGCCUAUGUGAUUGGUACACCCGCCGUAGGUGACAGUGAUUUUGCUUCCACCUUUGCAUCCCAUAGUAAUCUACCCGUCACACGCGCUUCCACACUAUGGCGCAUUGUGAACAAUGCUGAUAUCUUUUCUCGACUUCCCCCUGGGUACGAUAGCAAGACCUGCGGCCAUUUUGUGUCAGAAUCGGAUUUCUUUAAUUAUUCUCAUGUAGGCCAUGCGAUUCAAAUCACACGUAAAUGGAACUCCAAGCCUUUAAAGACGUUUCCGUCAAGUUAUCAACCACCGAUGCAAGUGAAUAUUGUGACACAAACCGUGGGUUCUUCUUCCACGGGUUAUUACCACCAGCCCUUGGUAACGACCAGUAGUAGUAAACCCAUGACGACCCCAGCAGCGUUACCUGUACUUCCACGUUGGGCACAAUGGUUAAUGAAUCGACCUCAAUUACAACGUCAUUGGAAUGGAAACCCUAUUUAUUUUAUUGAAAAAAUGUAUCCUUAUUUCCUUAUGGAUCAUAUUCCUUCACAAUACUUUGAAGGAUUGCAACGUGCUCGUAUUUAUUAUGAGAAAGAAAUGACGGAACAAACCACGGAAUCUCUCCGCGUACCUUCUUGAAAAAUAAAAUAAAAAAAAGAGAGAGAGAGAAAGAUUUAUUUUUAUAAUUUUUUGUGAGGAGAGAGUGGGAUUUGUGAGGAGGGGGAGG